GUAUUUUCGGGCAAGGUACCGUACUCGUGGAUCCAGGAAGAGAGUCAAGUGCUUUUGGAAAAAGUAAGGGGCACAGAGCCUUAUCUUCCGACCAUGGAGGUAUGAUCCUUGCGAACUUUAUCUUACGCAGGCCUCAAAGAACUUAUAAUUCAAAGAUUGAUGAAGUACACCUGAACUUGGUGCGACAAUGCCUGUCGGGAGAGAAAUCCCGUCCUUCAAUCGACAAGGUUCUCUAUUUAAUCUUAGUGAAAAAAUUCAGUGCUGUGGAUCUGACGGGCUCGAUCCAACGGCUCAACAAGGACCACCACGAUUCCGGAGGAUUUACAUAUGUUCAUCCAUGCAAGCUCCGUCUGACGGAAAUCGACGCGAGCGUCCAAGAAAAGGUUUCCCGCUACUACCAGUACCCUACCGCAACAGAAUGCGUUGAUGUCACAGUCAAGGAACUUAUCUUGGCCAAUGAUCCAGACAUCCUGAAGAUCAUCAAUCAAUUGUUUCAAGAAAUCAAGCUAUGGUUGAAACUUGAGCACGAAAAUAUCGUCCCUCUCUGGGGUGUUACAGAUGGAUUUGAUUCCCUUCCAGCACUUAUUUCGCCGUGGUUAGAAAAUGGCUCUCUGACCGGAUACCUUCAGCACAAGCAUGAGAUGCUUUUUGAUGACGGAAAGUUUGCCCUGGUUCGCUCAAGUAGUCAUCUCCCCCGCCAAGCUGACGUCUCUUUAGCUUAGGGAUGUAGCUCGUGGACUUCAAUAUCUCCAUUCGCAGUCAAUCGUCCAUGGAGACCUGAGCGGUAAUAACGUCGUCAUUAACAAGAAUGGAAAGGCAUGCCUCACCGAUUUCGGUCUCUCUGCCCU